AUGUCUUCUGCAGCCCACGCCAACCCAGCAUUCUCCAAGAAGAACAAAGGUUCCGAAGGUAUCAACUCAAAGCUUCAGCUCGUUGUCAAGUCGGGCAAGUACACGCUCGGCUACAAGUCUGCAUUGAAGCAAUUGAGAUCUGGCAAGGCCAAGCUCGUCCUCAUCGCAGGCAACUGCCCACCUUUGCGCAAGUCUGAGCUCGAGUACUUUGCCAUGCUUUCAAAGACAGCUGUUCACCACUACUCGGGCUCAAACGUCGCCCUCGGUACCGCUGCUGGUAAGCUUUUCCGCGUCGGUGUCCUCACCAUCCAAGACCAAGGUGACUCUGACAUUCUCUCAUCAUUCGAAUAA